AUGGGCUUCAUCCAUGGAUUGACGCUUCUUCUAUUCGCCGCCGUCCUCGUCGCCGGUUUUCCGGUCGGCAAUCACGACGACAAAUCAACGGAAGGCUCCAUUGAUGACGACGAUCGCGUGAAGCGCCACACCGACAGCGGCGAGAAGACGUUGGAAGCGAUGGAUCUCGUGCAUGGCAUUCACAAAAGGUCCGACGAGCAUCAUGAGCCGCAUCGACGCCACGCCGAACAUCAUUCCGGGGUGCCCGACAAUCAUCAUAUUGAUAAGAGAGGCGAGCACCAUUCCGACGCGAGUCCGAGUCGUCGUCUGACGCGAAGCACCGAUCAGGGUCAUGAUGAGGACGAGCUGGAUGACGUCGUCGACGAUGGUGAUGAGGAGGAGGAGGAGGAGGAGAGAGAUCGGCGAUCGCUCGAUGAGCCGCUGCCGACAUUCGCGAGUGACGUCGACGACAACGCCGCGAAAUCAGUAGCCGUUCGAGUGAAACGCGUGUCUCGCGCCGGCAGCAGCCACAAAGCGCGCAAUUUCAGCAAAAAUCGCGGCAACUCAAAAGCGGGCAACGCCAACGACAAUUCUAAUCAGCCGCUCGACACCAGCUUCAACGUUCUUCGCACAACCAAUCAAUAA